UUAUUAUUAUUAUUAUUAUUAUUAUUAUUAUUAUUAUUAAGAAAAAAAAUGGCAUUAUAAGAAAAACAAAUCUCAACAAAUGGCAUUUUAAUGGUAAUGAAUACUCUCUAUGAAUAAUUAAGUAUUUUUACAAACCAUAACAUCUAACUUAGAACAAAAAAUAAAAGAAAUAUUGAAUUAAUAACAGGAACACAAGACUCGAUCACCUAAGAUCAAGAUCAAGAUUACCCUCCUCUUCCUCCGCCGCCAUUACAUGAGGACAGUAACAGCUUGCGGUCUUCAAAGCUUCCUUCUUCCCAUAUCAGGAGUGUCUUGUGAAAUGACCCAGGAAAUGAAGAAUGGCUGGAGUGUGCCUGUGAAGAAGACACUGAAUUACAAAACAGUCAUAGAGGUUUUCUGUUUCCCGCCCUUCAAGUUGCUACUACUACUACUACUACUACUACUACUACUACUACUACUACUACUACUAUUAAUAAUGAGGAGCCUCGCUGUGUGGGCCAGGACAAUGACAGCACCUACACUAUCCUGGACCUCUACUACUACUACUACUACUAUUACUGCUACUACUACCACUGCUACCAACACUGGCCUCUAUGUUGGCCUGGUGUUUGGGUUAAUUUUGUGUCUAAUGUUUGUGGCAACACUGUUCUUCCUUAGACGGAGACAGAGAAGAGGAGGGAGGAAGGAGCAGCCUGGAGGAGGAGGAGGAGGAGGAGGAGGGGGUUAGAGGCCGCCCCUGCCUCCACCAAUGACAUGAAAUCUGAGGUCAACCAUUCCAUGACCUAUUCCAGCAUUACUGACCCUACUACUGCCCUUGGGGAAUCAGAAUGCAAAGACUGGAUUCUGGGACUGGACCACCUCAGAAAGGAGUGUCCACACGUGCCAUACAUUAUCCGUCUUGAAAGAUUUCUCCGCACAGAAUUUUACAAGUGGAAAACCGAGAGAACAAUGACCUCGUUGUUGUGGACCUCCUCUCCCCCGGCUACCCCUGCUUCCAGAACCCUUAUUCAAUGGACAUCCACGAGUCACCUGUCACCUGCUGCACAUACCUGGCUGACUGCCCUGCUGACCUCACCCCUGCCCUCUACUCAGCAGGGGCCAGAGGAGGGGGGCACAGGAAGCAGGGGUUCUCUGAGGAGUGGCCAAUCUCUGGAGGGGAGUGGGGCAGCACCUCUUGCCCCUACCCUGAGAUGAUCCUAACUGGACACGCAGAUGGGUCAAUAAAAUUCUGGGAUGCCUCUUCUGUGGGACUCCAGAUUCUUUACAAAUUGAAGACUGCAAAGGUAUGGCCUAUUCCAGUUCAUCCGAGACCAUCCCAGUGUCCCCCAGUGCAUCCCAGCCUCUCCCAGUGCAUCCCAGCCUCUCCCAGUGCAUCCCAGCCUCUCCCAGUGCUUCCCAACCUCUCCCAGUGCAUCCCAGCCUCUCCCAGUGUAUCCCAGCCUCUCCCAGUGCAUUCCAGCCUCUCCCAGUGCAUCCCAGCCUCUCCCAGUGCUUCCCAACCUCUCCCAGUGCAUCCCAGCCUCUCCCAGUGCUUCCCAACCUCUCCCAGUGCAUCCCAGCCUCUCCCAGUCCAUCCCAGCCUCUCCCAGUGCAUUAUCAUCAUCAUCAUUAUUAUUAUUACUAUUAUUAUUAUUAUUAUUAUUAUUAUUAUUAUUAUUAUUAUUAUUAUUAUUAUUAUUAUUAUUAUUAUUAUUAUUACUAUUGUUAUUGUUAUUACUAUCAUCAUCAUCAUCAUCAUCAUCUUCAUCAUCUUCAUCAUCAUCAUCAUCAUUAUCAUCAUCAUCAUUAUUGUUGUUGUUGUUGUUGUUGUUGUUGUUGUUGUUGUUGUUGUUGUUGUUGUUGU